UGAGGUCCCACCCCUCAAAGCCGCGGGUUUGGUUGCACACAGGCUGCAGUUUCAGUUUGUUUUAUUCACCAUUUUGUGUAGCUGAAGGUACAAAAUUAAGAAUAUUUGCGUGUGGAGGACAAGUCGCUGUCGUCCUUUUUAUUUUCAGGCGCUAGCUCGGACGGUGGAGUCGUGCGUCAGUCUCGCUCCCCUCGGUGUUUUGCAGAGCGGGAAUCUAUAUUUCUUUCCCCCCCCUGUGCUUUUUUCUUCUCCCCCCUUUCUUACAUCCUUAACCUCUACAGUAUUCCUGCAAAAUGUCAAGACCCGUGAGGAACAGGAAAGUGGUGAACUACUCACAAUUCAACGAGUCUGACGAUGCAGAUGAGGAGUAUGGCGAUAAUAAGCCGAAGAAGGUGCGCCCAGCCCCUCGUGAGCCCAAGCACAAGCGUUCAAAGAACUCGCAGGAUGACAGUGAGGAAUCUGAUGAAAAGGUGUCUAAACCCAAAAAUGAUUCAGCAGAAGACUUUGGCAGUGAGGAGGAAGAAAAUGAAUUUGGAGAGGAGGAGGAUGAAGAUGGAGGAAGCGACUAUGAAGAAAAGAAAGGGAAAAAGGGAAAGAAACCCAAGGUGGAGAAGCCCGCCAAGAGAGGGCCAAAGAGAAAACGGCCUGCAGAGGACAGUGAUGAAGACAAGGAAGUGAGUCGAAAGCGUACAGUGCGCCAGGCGGCUUCCAAGGCAGUGUCCAAACAGAGGGAGAUCCUGCUGGGUGACGGAGGCAGCGAGGAUGAAGAGCAAGAAGAACAAGAAGAACCCUACUUGGACCCCGACGAGUCUGGCAGCGAUGAGGACUUCACGGUGGAGGAUGACGAUGACAGUGACUAUGGUCGCUCCAAGAAGAGAAGCAAGAAGGUGAUUCGACGGGGACGGCCAGAAAAGAAAGAGAAGAAAAGCCCCAAACCCCGACUAAAGGCUACAGUGACACCCAGCCCAAUGAAAGGAAAGGGAAAGGGGCGCCCCAGCGCCAAGGCCCUGGAGAAGAGCUCACCCAAAGAGGAGGAGGAGGAGGACCCCGAGAGUCCCCUGGAGGAGGAAGAGGAGGAGGUUGAGAAGAAAGAGACCUCCCCUGCCCCCAAAACGACGAAGGAGGCCGCAGGAGGAGAGGAUGAGGAGGAAGACGAAGAGGAGGAGGAUGGCUCAGAAGAGGAGGCACCCUCUGGAGAAGACUAGAAGAUGGUACCUGUUUGACGCCCAUCCUCCACGUCUCUCCCUGUCUCUUCUCUCUUUUUUGCUUUUUUCCCCCCCAGUUUUUUGUUGUUUUUUUCCUCCCGGUGGCCUGGCUCAAUAGUUUGGACUUGGUGUGCUUUUUCUUGUUUGCCCCACCCCGCACCUCGACUCAGAAAUUGUGCUCAUGUGAUCAUAUAUUGUCGACAGUCAGCCCCUCCCUCCCUCUGUGUUCAUCAUUUCUUUUCUUGGUUUUAGUUUUAAAAACUCAGUCUCUGAGUUUCUGCCUUUUGAAGAGCUCAGUGCUUAUGAGCAUCCGUCCCCAUCGUGAACACACAAGUUCACCAGGUUUUCUUUUACCCAUCUCCUGGGAUCAUCUGGGAUCCGACACAACUGGCCACACUAUAUUUUCCCUGUUCACUUUACUGAUAUCUGAGUAUUGUUCCGAGUUCCCCAGUAUCAGUAACUAGAGCGCUGUAUUUACAAAGUCAACACACACAAGGCUGAAGCCUUUAACCUCUCUGGUACUUGUGCUUUUAAACCAGGAGUAUGUUUUAACAGGGCCACUUUAGUUAGUUCUUAUUUUAAACCUUUAAAACUGUUCUCAGUUAAAGCGGCAUCUUUUAAUUUAAUUUUUAAAGAACCCAACCUCUUUCAGACAAAUCCAUGCCCUGACCUCUUGUGUGGCUGUGUGGAGAAUGAAGCGCAUUAUUUUUAAAAGUAUUUCUCUUGUAGCUGCAGCUUCUUAGAUCAAACUGAUCAAAGUGUGUUAGUGGCAGAGCGAUGGGUCACUGCUGAGUGUUUGCUACUAGACCGUCUGACACUAUAACACAUUUCAAGCCAACAUGUGUGUUUUUAUGUACUUGUUUAACUUCGUAUGCCUGUGGGGUACUUCCUGUAAGAGGGUAUGGCUUCUUUUGUUUCUCUCGGCCCAUAGCAUUGUGUGGGACGGUUUCUGUUGUUACAUGUUUGGCUUUCGAAUGAUGCUACAUGAAGCAUCCGAGUCCCUUUUCAGAUCACAUCAUCCUCCCCUCACCGCACGGCUGCAGCUUCUUCUCAUUCAACCUGUUGUGCCAGGCACCCCUAUAUCUUUUUUGUUGUUGUUUUUACGAAAUGCAAGAAGAGAUGUUUUUUUUAGUUUUUUUUGGUUUGUUCUUUGAGGGUUAAAAAAAUGAAUGUUGUUUUUUCUCCUGUUGGUUCAUUGUUCUAAUUCUCUAUUCAGAUUUUUUUUGUAAUGUUUGUUUUUUAAGAAAAGAAAUAAAAUGUAUCUUGAUUUUAAAGAAAAAAGUUGACCCUAUCCAAUCUGUUCUGCCUGAUGGUUGGACCAGCCAUCCCUCCCUUCUUCACUCCGGUCCCUGCUCUUUUCUUUCUCCUCUGCCCCCUACUGUUGCUAUCCAUGUCCAUUUGUUUCUUAGAAGUUUUUGUUGCUCACGUUCGUGUUUCACAAGCUGACACAUUUUUAAAUCCAGAGUGGUACAGUACUGAGGCUCAGAAAGGGUUGAAAUGAUGAAAUGGGCAGCUCAGUAUGUAUCUGGGGUUCAUUUGUCUAUUAAUGCCUUAAUUUUCAUUGAGUUGAGUUUUCAGUAGUGGCUCUGAUAUCAUCACUGGAGGCCUGAGAAUGUAAUCUGUCCUUGUGUUUUAGGUCUUUGCUACAAGCAGCAAAUUAGUCUUACAACAAGUCAACAAUUUGUACGAUCAGCAUAACAUCCAAAGCCAUAAAUGAUCUCAAAACUAGUGACUCAGAGAUCAGGUGCAGCACUUGUGAGAUUGUCUUUUAUUGCGAUAAGUAGUGUUUGAUGUCAAAGCAAAAAAAAGGAAAAAGUUGCUUUCAUGGUCUUGGGAACUAAACCUCAUUUAUUAGGCGUUGGUCAGGAGUAAUUGUGAUUGGUCCUAAGGCUGCACUAGAAAUCAGUCCUGGAUGUGAACAGGACCCACUCGAACCUAGUCCCUGGUUCAGAAGCACAUUUGAUUGUUUUAUGACUGUCAUUAAAAGGUUACUGUGUUUUUUCUAUAUUCAGGUCCUAAAUUGGCACCCAGUCCUUAAUGUCAUUUUAAGACAAUUGGAUACAAACAAGAAAAUGCAUAAGGGGGAGAAAAAAACUUUGUUUAUACCGAUGUAAAGCUCGGAGAGCUCUGUUUGCAGUAGGAUCAGACACUGUCUUGUAGUUCACAGCAGUGAGGGCUUUGAGUGAGAGUCCUCGCCAUCAUCCCACCGGAGGCACAUGGCAUAAGGCUAUGAAUUUCUCCUUUCUCAUCCAUUCUACGACUUCUGUUGUACUGUUUUUUGAUGUUUCUUUUCUAUCUACCUUCCGUUGUACUGGCAAUGUAAAAAUGUACGCCAAGUUGUGAUUCUUACAGAAGACCAAGUGGAGACACUUUUUGUCAGUAGUGGAUAAAGGAACGCUGAACUCUUGAAUCUUUUGCAUGUUGUGGAAAAAGUGCGAAGCGAUGAUGCAAUGGCAAUAUUGUGGUCUUACAAAAAAAGUAUUAACAACGAUGAUGUUUUGGUUUCCCAGCUUCUAAUAAAGGCAACCUACUUUUUA